AUGAAAAAAGAUUAACUAAUAAAAUGGAUAACUAAUAUAAUUAAGACAAAAAUAAUGAAGAAGGCAGAUUAAAAAAUUUAUGAAUUAGAAGCUAAAAUAGGAAAAUUUAAAGGGUUAAAUUUCAAUUCAAAUAAAUAUUUGGAAUCUAUAAAAGGGAUGGAAUAAUUAGAUAAAAAUAAUGCAAAAUAUUAAUUUGAAUCUAAAAUAAAUUUAAAGUAAUAUAAUAAUGCUUAUGAUUAUUUAAAAUAAAAAGGAAAUUAAGUUAUAAUAAAAAGAUUAGACAUUUCAUUGAAUAAAUAACAAAGAAAUUCAUUUCAAAUAAUAAAUGACUAAAUAAGUGCUGUAUUAAUUGAAAAACAAAAAAAUUUAUAAGAACAUAUUGAUAUAGUUGAUGAUAAGAUUCAUUUUAGAAUAUCUUUAAAUUAAGAAAGAACUUUAUCAAAAAGUCUUAAGGAUAUUAUUGCUUAAAUGGCUUCAAGAAAAUAGCAUGCAAAUUUUAUACGAUUGAAACAAACAUUAUUUAUUAAAGAAAAUAAUUUAGAAUUUUCACUUUCUAAAGUAUCUCCAAUUGUAAAAUAUGACCCAGAAUUUUAAAAGAUUCUUGAUGAAAUCACUUAAUCAAAAUGCAUAAAUAUUCAAAAUAAAUUAGAAUAGAUCUUUAAAGAUUAAAAUUUAACAGAUUAUGAAUUUGAAAUAGAAAUAGCAUAGAUAUAAGAUUUGAAUGAUGAAUAAAUUGAAAAUUUAUCAAAAGAAUUAUUAAACUAAAUAGAUGUAUUUUGGGGUAUAUUAAAUUUCAACUAAAUUGAAGAUGAAUAAAAACCUGAAAAAAAAGUUAAAUUGAAUUAAAAUGAAUGA